AUGAGCGAAGACACCGUAUUUUUCCAACAGGCCGCAGAGGCCAUAGUAGCGACCAGCUUAAAGAGCUCAAGUGUGGACCCAACCAUAAGAGAGUUAUUGACUCGACUGAAAUACGUGGAUCAUAAUAAGUCUGCAACUCGCAUGCCACAGCAAAUACCGUCGGAAAAUAAGUCUGUCCUAAACUAUUUCGAUCAGCUUUUGAAUAACGUCGAAAGCACCUCAUCUGGAACUGACGAGCAAAUGUCGAGCACAGUACGAUACUCAGGAAUUAAAAAGAGGAAAACCUCGGAGACCGGGGACUCCGUUCAAAAAGAUGACACUAAGGACAACACUUCCGCGGAUGACGAAUCCGCGGCCAAGAAGUUCCCAUGCGCCAAGUGCGAAUUAGUAUUUAGACGCUCUAGCGAUCUUAGGAGGCACGAGAGAGCACACCUGCCGAUCUUGCCCAAUAUUUGCUCGCUAUGCGGGAAGGGUUUUGCUCGUAAGGAUGCUUUGAAGAGGCAUUUUGACACAAUGACAUGUAAGAGAAAUCGGGAAAAGCUUCUCAGUAUAGGAGGUGAUAUCAACGAAAUACUGGAAAAAGCUAGACUUAACGGAGCAAAUGUAUGA